AUGAGAGAAGUUAUUAGUAUUAAUGUUGGCCAAGCAGGUUGUCAAAUCGGUAAUGCCUGUUGGGAGUUAUAUACUCAGGAACAUGGGAUUAGACCAGACGGUUACCUUGAAGAAGGAUUAGACAAGCCAAAAGGUGGUGGUGAAGGAUUUUCAACUUUUUUUUACGAGACUGGUUCUGGUAAAUAUGUUCCAAGAGCCAUUUAUGUUGAUUUAGAACCUAAUGUGAUUGAUGAAGUAAGAACCGGUUCUUAUAAAGAUUUGUUCCAUCCUGAACAAUUGAUCAAUGGUAAAGAAGAUGCAGCUAACAACUAUGCUCGUGGUUAUUACACCAUAGGAAGCACUAUGUUAGAUGAUAUAUCGGAUAGAAUUAGAAGAUUAGCUGAUCAAUGUGAUGGAUUACAAGGGUUCCUGUUUACUCAUUCUUUGGGUGGUGGUACAGGUUCAGGUCUUGGAUCUUUAUUACUAAGAGAAUUAUCGGAAAAUUAUGGUAAGAAAUCCAAGUUAGAAUUUGCUGUAUAUCCUGGUCCUCAAUUAUCUACCUCAGUGGUUGAACCAUAUAAUACUGUCUUAACAACACACACAACAUUAGAACAUGCUGAUUGUACAUUUAUGGUAGACAAUGAAUCCAUAUAUGAUAUGUGUAGAAGAAAUCUCGAUAUCUCUAGACCUUCAUUCAAGAACUUAAAUAAUUUAGUGGCACAAGUGGUUUCAUCUGUAACUGCUUCAUUAAGAUUUGAAGGUUCAUUGAACGUUGAUUUAAAUGAAUUCCAAACAAAUUUAGUUCCAUAUCCAAGAAUUCAUUUCCCAUUAGUAUCAUAUGCCCCCAUUCAAUCCAAAAACAAAGCACAUCAUGAACAAAACUCCGUUGCUGAGAUAACUAAUGCCUGUUUCGAACCAGGUAACCAAAUGGUUAAAUGUAAUCCUGCCACCGGUAAAUAUAUGGCUUCAUGUCUUCUAUAUAGAGGUGAUGUAGUCACAAGAGAUGUCCAAGCUGCCGUCACACAAGUUAAGAAUAAGAAGACUGUACAAAUGGUGGAUUGGAGUCCAACUGGUUUCAAGAUCGGUAUUUGUUACGAGCCACCAACGACUGUAAUCGAUUCCCAAUUGGCUCCUGUGGAUAGAGCUGUUUGUAUGCUUUCAAAUACUACAUCGAUUGCAGAAGCCUGGAAGAGAAUAGAUUCCAAAUUUGAUCUAAUGUAUGCUAAGCGUGCAUUUGUACAUUGGUAUGUUGGUGAAGGGAUGGAAGAAGGUGAAUUCACCGAAGCUAGAGAAGAUUUAGCUGCUUUGGAAAGCGAUUACAUCGAAGUUGCAUCCGACUCUAUUUCUGACAACGAAUACUAA